ACAUACCAACUAAUGUCAGAUAAUUGGUUCCUGCAUGCUCCAAGUACAUUGAUCAAUGCUGGUACAUGUAAACCACAACUUGCAAGUUCAUUUUGCCUUCCUGUAUCAGACAGUGUCACUGAAAUAUAUGACACUGUGAAACGAUGUGCAUUGAUUUGUAAACACAGCGGAAACAUUGGACUAGGUGUACAGAAUAUUAGAGCUUUAGGUAGUUAUAUAUCAGGGACGAAUAGCGAUGCGAAGAGUAUCAUUCAGAAUUUGCGCAUCUUUAACGCAAUGGUAUGUCAUGUAGACAGUGGUGUAGACAGUGGUGGUAGACAGAUCCAUGGCAGAGUUACAGUGUACAUAGAACCGUGGCAUGCGGAUAUCUGUGAUUAUUUGGAUGCUAAGAAACAAUCAGGAAAGGAAGAAUUAAGAGCUCAUAACUUAGACUAUGCUCUGUGGAUUCCUGAUCUAUUCAUGAAACGUGUUGAAACCAACCAAGAUUGGACAUUGAUGUGUCCGAAUGAAUGUCCUGGUCUUGAUGAAGUCUGGGGGAAAGAAUUUGAAGACCUCUAUCUGAAAUAUGAGAGUGAUAACUGUUGUAGAAAUACAAUUAAAGCACAAGAACUGUGGAAGCGUAUCAUUGAAGCACAGACAGAAACUGGUACACCAUACAUGCUGUAUAAAGAUGCUUGUAACAGAAAAUCCAACCAUCAGAAUUUAGGAACAAUAAAAUGCAGUAACCUUUGUACUGAGAUUGUGGAAUUCAGUUCUCCAGAUGAG